AUGGAGUCUCUUCCUCCUUCUUCAUCUACAGAGCUCGAUGUGUUUCUCAGUUUCAGAGGCUUUGACACACGCAACAACUUCACCGGUCAUCUCCAGAAAGCGCUCCGCCUGAGAGGAAUCAACUCUUUCAUCGACGACAAACUCCGGCGAGGAGACAAUCUCACUGCGCUUUUCGACACAAUCGAGAAAUCCAAGAUAGCAAUCAUCGUCUUCUCCACAAACUACGCGAAUUCCGCUUGGUGCCUCCGAGAGCUCGUGAAGAUCCUCGAGUGCAGAGACAGAAAUCAGCAGCUGGUGGUACCUAUCUUCUACAAAGUUGCCAAAUCAGACGUCGAGAAGCAGAAGAAGAGCUUCGCGGUGCCGUUCGAGGUACCGGAAGUGACUUUUCCGGGAGUUACGGCGGAUGAGAUUUCAUCGUGGAAGACUGCUCUUGCCACAGCUUCCAACAUUCUCGGCUAUGUAGUCACUGAAUCUAGCACGUCUGAGGCAAAACUUGUGGAUGAAAUUGCUGUUGACACAUUCAAGAAGCUGAAUGAUUUGGCUCCGGUUGGGAACGAAGGUCUCGUUGGAGUAGAAUCGCGUCUAGAGAUUCUUGAAAAGCUUUUAUCAUGCGAGGAGUUGGAUUCUGUUCAUGUAAUUGGCAUCGUUGGAAUGGGUGGGAUUGGUAAAACUACUCUUGCUGAUUGUUUGUAUGGAAGACUGAGAGGUCGAUUCGACGGUAGCUGCUUUCUUGCAAACAUCCGUGAGAAUUCAGGUAGAAGCGGUUUAGAAUCUUUGCUGCAGAAACUCUUCUCUACAUUACUAAAUGAUAGAGAUCUAGAGAUUGGAGCUCCUGGAAAUGCACAUGAGAGAUUUGAACGCCGGCUUAAGAGCAAGAGGCUUCUUAUUGUGCUUGAUGAUGUGAAUGAUGAAAAGCAAAUAAGACAUCUUAUGGGGCAUUGCAAAUGGUAUCAAGGAGGAAGUAGAAUUAUCAUAACUACUAGAGACAGUAAACUGAUCGAGACGUUCAAAGGCCGGAAAUAUGUGCUCCCGAAAUUGAAUGAUAGGGAAGCAUUGAAGCUCUUUAGCUUGAAUGCAUUUAAUGACUCUUGCCCUUUGAAAGAGUUUCAGAGUUUGACAAAUAUGGUCCUGGAUUAUGCUAAAGGUCAUCCUUUGGCUCUUAAGGUGUUAGGAUCUGAUCUUUGUGAGAGGGAUAAUCUGUACUGGGAAGCGAAAUUGGAUAGACUGAAAAGUAGAUCACACGGAGAUAUCUACGAAGUUCUGGAAACAAGCUAUGAAGAACUUAACACUGAGCAGAAGAAUAUUUUUCUGGAUAUUGCAUGUUUCUUCAGAUCGGAGAAGGUGGAUUACGUGACAAACGUACUUAAAUGUCAUGGUGUGGAUGUGUCUAGCGUGAUCAAGGAUCUCGUUGACAAAUCUUUGAUUACUCUUUCUGAUAAUCGCAUCGAGAUGCAUGACAUGUUGCAGACUAUGGGCAAGGAGAUUAGUUUAAAAGCAGAAACCAUAGGAAUAAGUGACUUUAGGUGGUCACAACAUGUUACCCAGAGCCAAUGGCAUAUCAGACUAUGGGACAGUGAAGACAUUUGUAACCUGCUGACCAAAGGCUUGGGAGCUGAGAAGAUAAGAGGGAUUUUCCUUGACACGUCAAAACUAGGAGCAAUGCGUCUAAGUGCCAAAGCCUUCAAAGGGAUGUACAAUCUCAAGUACCUUAAAAUUUAUGAUUCUCGUUGUUCCCGUGGAUGUGAAGCAGAGUUUAAACUGCACUUGCGGAAGGGGCUUGAUUUCCUUCCCGAUGAGCUUACAUAUCUACACUGGUAUGGAUACCCGCUACAGAGUGUCCCUUGGGACUUUGACCCCAAAAACCUUGUGGACCUUAAAUUGCCACAUAGUAAAUUGGAAGAAAUUUGGGAUGAUGACAAGGAUGCUGGAAUGCUCAAAUGGGUCGACCUCAGUCACUCCGUGAAUUUACGCAAAUGUUUGGGUUUGGCUAAUGCUCAAAAUCUUGAGAGAGUGAAUCUAGAAGGAUGUACAAGUUUGAGAAAGCUGCCAUCAUCGAUGAAUUGUUUGGAGAAGCUUAUUUACCUCAAUGUCAGAGAAUGUACAAGCCUUAGGAGUCUUCCAAAAGGAAUCAAAUUUCAAUCUUUGCAAACUCUUAUUCUCAGUGGCUGCUCCAGCUUAAAGAAAUUCCCACUGAUCUCGGAGAAUGUUGAAGUUCUCCUUUUAGAUGGCACUUCUAUAAAGAGCCUUCCCGAAUCCAUUGAAACCUUGAGAAAACUUGCUUUGCUGAAUCUGAAGAACUGCAAAAAGUUGAAGCGUCUUUCUUCAGAUCUUUAUAAGCUGAAAUGUCUACAAGAGCUAAUACUCUCAGGCUGCUCACAACUAGAGGUUUUUCCCGAAAUCAAGGAAGACAUGGAAUCUUUGGAGAUUUUACUUCUGGAUGAUACAUCCGUCACCGAGAUGCCAAACAUGGUGCACUUGAGCAAUAUCAAGACAUUUUCGUUAUGUGGAACAAACAGUCAAGGUUCUGGUAGCAUACUCGUCUUGCCACCUCCAAUGGGAUCCUCUCGGUUAACAGAUCUUUACCUCUCAAGAUGCAAUCUCUACAAACUCCCAAAUAUCGGUGGCCUAUCCUCUUUGCAGUCUCUAUGCUUAAGCGGAAACAAUAUCGAGAAUCUGCCAGAGAACUUCAACCAACUUUAUAAUCUGAAAUGGUUUGAUCUAAAGUAUUGCAAAAUGCUCAAGUCUCUACCAGCCCUCCCACAAAACCUGCAGUAUCUGGAUGCACACGAGUGUGAGUCACUUGAAAGUUUGGCAAAUCGAUUGACUCCUUUGACGGUAGGAGAGAGGAUCCAUUCUAUGUUCAUCUUUAGCAACUGUUACAAACUGAACCGAGAUGCACAAGAGAGUCUCACCGGUCAUGCUCGAAUCAAAAGUCAGUUGAUGGCAAAUGCGUCUGUUAAACGUUAUUAUCGGGGAUUCAUCCCAGAGCCUCUGGUUGGAAUCUGUUAUCUGGCGACUGAAAUACCGAGCUGGUUCUGCCACCAAAGACUAGGAUGUUCACUAGAAAUCCCAUUGCCUCCGCAUUGGUGUGACACAAACUUUGUUGGACUUGCUUUAUCUGUAGUUGUCUCAUUCAAGGACUACAAAGACUGCACAAAACGUUUCUCGGUAAAGUGUUCAGGCAAAUUCGAGAACCAAGACAAUUCCUUCACAAGAUUUGAUUUCACUCUCGCAGGCUGGAACGAACCAUGUGGAUUGCUUAACCAUGAACCAAGAAAACUCACUUCUGACCAUGUUUUCAUGGGAUACAACAGUUGUUUCCAAGUCAAGAGACUCCAUGGAGAGAGUAACAAUUGCUGUUACACAAAAGCUUCGUUCGAAUUCUAUGCUACGGAUGAUGAAACGAGGAAGAAGCUAGAAACUUGUGAGGUGAUCAAAUGUGGGAUGAGUUUAGUGUAUGUUCCUGAUGAUGAUGAUUGUAUGUUGUUGAAGAAGACAAAUCUGAUCAAGUUGAGUUUGAAGACAGAAGUCACAGAACCAAGCUGUUCUUAUGGUCUUGAUAAUGUCAUUGUCAUGGAUGAUGUUAGACCCAAGAGAAGACGAUGCCAGUUUGAUGGUGAUGAAGUAUCAGAUUGUAAGAGAACCAAGGAAGAGAAAAUCUUGGCGUGA